AUGUCCCGCGAGGAGACGUUCGGGAGCAUCUCCCUGAUCGGCCGCGGCGUCCCGAUCCAAGGCGCGCUCAAGAUGUCCGCCGCCGGGAUCUCGUGGAAGAAAGCCGGCGGCGGACGCUCGGUCGAGAUCGCGCCUUCGGAGAUCGAAGAGAUCGCGUACACCCCCGUCCCCGGCGGGGUCGUGCUCACGAUCCGCCGCGCCGGGGACAAGGAGGCGGUCCGCCUUCGCGGCUUCCGCGCGUCCGACCUCGCCGGCGUCAAAGAGCUCGUCGCGGAGUGCUACGCGAAGAAGCUGACGAAGCGAGAGGCGCAGACGAACGGACGAAACUGGGGCGAGGUUGACGUGGACAGAUCGUCGCUUACGUUCACCGUCGACGGGAAGACGUCUUUCGAGGUCAACGCGAAGGACAUCGCCUCCGUGAACCUCGCGACGAAGCACGAGGUCGUCAUGGAGUUCCACAUGGACGACACCGUGCACCAGGCCUCGAAGGACGCGCUCGUGGAGAUGAGCUUUUACGUCCCGCCGACGUCUUCGAAGUGGGGCGUCGAUCAAUCGAUCGAGGACAACGAAGACACGGGCGCUAAGAACUUGAUGGACAAGCUCCUCACCGUCGCGGACGUGGACGACGACGCCGGGGAGGCGAUCGCGGAGUUCGAGGGCGUCUCGCUCGUCGCCCCGAGAGGGAAGGUGGACAUCGAGGUCCACGCGACGCACGUGCGUCUCUUGGGUUCGGCGGCGGAUUUCAAAAUUCAGUACAGCGCCGUGCAACGCGUGUUCCUACUUCCGAAACCGAACGGGCACCAGACGUUCGGGAUCAUUCACCUCGACCCGCCGAUCCGGAAAGGGCAGACGUUCUACCCGCACAUCGUCGCGACGUUCAACGCGAACGAGGAGCUCGAGAUCGAGCCCGCGUUGACGGAGGAGCAGCGGGGGAAAUUCGAGAAGCUCGAGGAAAAGUACGACGGUCCCUCCGGGGAGGUGUUCGUGCGUCUGCUGAAAGCCGUCGCCGGGUGCAAGCUCACGCGGCAGGGCACGUUCGCCUCCCCCGGCGGCGGCAGCGCGGUCAAGGCGUCGAACAAAGCCGAAGUUGGCUUGCUCUUCCCGAUGGAGAAGUCGUUCUUCUACCUCCCGAAGCCGCCGCUGUUGUUGCACUACGCGGACGUGGACUCGAUCGAGUUCGAGCGGCACUCGGGCGCGGGCGCGGUGGGCGCGCAGCGGACGUUCGACAUCCUCGUCUCGAUGAAGACCGCCGCGGGCGGGGCGCAGCACCAGUUCCACGGCAUCCCGAAGCAGGAGUUUCAAAACUUGGUCAACUUUCUCACGGCGAAGCAGCUCAAGAUUGUCAACGUCGACGCGCAGGCGCGCGUGGAUCAGAUCAUCGACGACGAGGAAGAGGAGGACCACCACGCCGCGCGUCUGCGCGCGGGCGGCGAGGACAGCGGCACGGACGAGGACUUCGCCGCGGGGUCGGACAGCGACGGCGGCGAGCCCACGGACGAGAGCGGAAGCGACGACGACGACGAUUCGGACGGCGGCGGCGACUCGGACUCGGACGCUCCCAAGAAGAAGAAGGCGAAGAAGUCCCCCGCGAAGAAGGCGAAGGCGGCGGCGAAGGGGAAAGGGAAAGGUGGAAAGAAGGGGAAGAAGGCGAAGAAGGACCCGAACGCGCCGAAGCGGCCGCUGUCGUCGUACAUGAUCUUCGCGGGCGAGAACCGAGGGAAGCUCGUGGAGGAGACCCCGGGCAUGAGCAUCGGGGAGAUUGGUAAGGCGCUCGGCGCCAAGUGGAAGGAGAUGACCGCGGAGGAGAAGGUGCCGUACGAGGACAAGGCGAAGGAGGCCAAGGCGGCGUACGCCGUCAAGCUGAAGGAGUACGAGGCGACGAAGGCGGCGGAUAAGCCGACGGUGAUCGACGACGACGACGACGGGAGCGACGACGGGAGCGACGACGACGACGACGGGAGCGGUUCGGACUGA